AUGGCGCGCAAGCGGCGGAGUGGCUUCGCCAGCCCGCAGGAGGCGCUCGAUCGGCUCGGCAGCAAGCUGCCUUUCAGCUCGUUGCACCCUGAUGCGCUCCGCGCGUACCUGCGGCACGGCCUGCGGCGAGCUGCUGCCGCGGACGGCGGCGGCAGCAGCAGCAGCGGGGGCGGCGAGCAGCUCUGGCAGCUGAAAUGCGCGCCGGAGACCGAGGCGGCCUGGUUUACGGCGGUCGGCGAGUGCAUCCCCAUCCGCACAGAGCGCGUGCGCUGCCCCGUCAUGGUGGCUGUGGGCGCCGUGGGCAGCAGCGGUGCCAGCAGCAGCGGCAGCGGCCAGCCGAGCCGCAGCAGCACAACCAGCAGCAGCACGGGCAGCGGCGGCAACGCGCAGCCCCAACCCAAGGGGGCCGACGGCAGCGGCGGCGGCGACGGCGGCAACAUCCACGGGCAGCUGCCGCUGCUCGGCGAGCGGCUGGCUGAGGCGCUGCCGGCUUCGCUCGUGCGCCGCUACCCCCGCCUGUCCCAUUUUGGGCCGCUGCAGGACCCGGAGGGGGUGGCAUCUGAUGCGCGGGAGUUUUUCCUGGGUGUGCUCCAGGCGCAGGCUGACGGCGGCAGCGGGAGCGCGCUGCGGGCGAGGGGCCGUGCUGGCGGCCGGGCGCCGCUGCCGGCGUCACGGCUAUGA